AUGUCUGGAAACGCUGAAACCUUCACCCUCCUCUCAUUGGUCGUAGCCAUCAUCCUUCUCCGAAUCGUUGUCCGCUUGAGAAGUGUCGGGCUGCGGGGGUUGCAUCUUGACGAUUACCUGAUGCCCCUUGCUGGCAUACUCUGCAUAAUCGAUUUUGUGGCGGCGAUUUACGUCGUAAUCAAGGCCAAUGGCCUAACCAACAGUUACAUGACGGACGAGGAGCGCGCCGCUCUCUCUCCGGACUCCGAGGAGUACGCGCACCGUGUUAUUGGAUCCAAGAUUCAGGUCUUCGGCUGGACUCUAUACGCUGCCAGUCUUUGGUGCAUCAAAGCAUGCGUGGCUAUCUUCUACUCAAGACUAACUGCGAACCUAGCCCGCCUGCAAAUCCGUGUGUACAUUGCGUAUGCUUUCAUCGGGGCGACUUGGGUGCUUACGACUUGUCUUCUCCUUUUCGGCUGUUGGCCCAUGUCAAAAUACUGGCAGAUCAACCCGGAUCCCGGGAUUUGUCAACCUACCAACUCCAAACUUUACGUCCUGUCCGUCUUGAUCCCUGAUGUCCUCACCGACAUAUACUUGCUGUCUAUCCCUGUACCGGUUUGUCAUAUUACCCACAGCCUUCCCGUACCGAGCGUUGCUGAUACCAACUCCGACCAGCUUCUCUGGGCUGUAAACAUCAGCUUCAAGAAGAAGGUUUCGUUGAUUUUUCUGUUCUCCGGAGUCAUUUUUGUCAUUGCGGCAGCCAUCAUCCGUGGCGUCGUGAUUCUCAAUUCCGGACCCGAAGGCGCCGUUUCUGGGAGCGAAUGGGCCGUCCGCGAGGAAUUCGUCUCCAUUGCGGUCUCCAAUCUACCCAUCCUGUACUCGCCAAUCCGAAGCUUCUGCAACAAGAUCGGGCUUAGUGCCCUAUUCUCCACACACAACACCAAUAACAAGACACCCUUCGAAGGUAGGACCAUUGGCGGAGGCGGAGGUGGAAGUGGCUAUCCACUGCGGAAGCCCAACAAAGAUCCACAUGGCACCGUGCCGGCUUGGGGGAGUGAUGAGCAGAUCCUGUGCGAGAAUGGGAUACAGAACCCGGCUAGAGAUAUUGUCGUGGCUCGGGAGGUUGCGGUGGAGUCUGAGGCCGGGUCGGUCAAGGGCCCGCCUGGUUCCAGUUGGGCUGCAUCAGCAGCGAGUGGUUGGAAUACCGGACCGACAUCAAGGGGUUAA